AUGGAAGUAUCAAUGUCUCCACCUCAGAUAUAUGUAGAAAAAACCCUGGCCAUUAUCAAACCAGAUGUUGUUGACAAAGAGGAAGAGAUACAAGAUAUUAUUCUCAGAUCUGGAUUCACCAUUGUUCAGAGAAGAAAACUACGUUUCAGCCCUGAACAAUGUAGUAAUUUUUAUGUGGAACAGUAUGGAAAAAUGUUUUUCCCCAAUUUAACAGUUUACAUGAGUUCUGGACCGCUUGUUGCCAUGAUAUUAGCUAGACACAAAGCCAUUUCUUAUUGGAAAGAACUUUUGGGACCAAGUAACAGCUUAAUAGCUAAGGAAACACACCCAGACAGUCUAAGGGCAAUUUAUGGCACAGAUGACCUAAGGAAUGCACUUCACGGGAGUAAUGACUUUGCUGCAGCAGAAAGAGAAAUUCGCUUCAUGUUUCCUAAAGGGUCAGAUGGCUUUAGGAGCCCCAGGGAAAUCGUCGUUCCUUUUGGUUGUUACUGGCAUCAGAUGGGCUCUCUUCGUUCCACCGUCUGCCACCACGCACACGCACACCACGUCCUUGCUGCUGCUGUUUUUAACCUUCGUGAAUGA